UUCGAACUGUCUCUUUUACAUAGACCUGAUCGACAAAAUGAUCCAAUGUCAAAUGAUUAUUUUGACAUAGACUGUCCUCUUCCUCCAUUGCCGUUUUCCGAGUUAGAUGGUCCACUGCAUGACUUGAUGCUCGAUUCCAGUGGGGUGAGACAAUCCACUGAUGGUGAAUUCCAAUUAUCAUUAUGCGGUGUAUGUCACAAAAAUCUCAAGAAGGGAAAAUGACCAGCACUUAGUCUAGCAAAUCGUACUUUUUUAGGCGACAUCCCUGAUGAAUUGAAGGACUUGACAGUCGUCGAGGAAGCAAUGAUUGCUCGUUGUCGUGCGAAAUGCUGGAUUAUUCAGUUGAAGGAAGAAAAUCAGGAUUUACAACUUUCUAGCAACCAACGUGGAAUGAAAGGUCAUAUAAUUAUCUAUCCUCAGCGCCCAGAAGGAAUUGCAAAGAUCUUACCUCCGCCUGUAUCAGACAUUAUUACUCCAAUAUGUGUCAUUUUUGUAGGAUCGUGUCCUUCGACUCGUGAAUGGCUUGAAGAAAAGGCGAAACCUUUGAUAGCUCAGAGAGAAAAAGUUCGUGCUGCAUUAGUUUGGCUGAAAAAACACAAUCAGCUUUACAAAGAUGUCAUUAUCGAUUUCGAUGUUUUGAACUCUAUGGAAGAGAAAACACUGAUGCCUUUUCAUGUUGAUCAUGUCCUUCCUAAUGAUGCGCGUGAUUCUUUAACAUCAAAGUAUGAUGCGACCGAGGCAGUGCAGUUAGAUGACAAAGUUUUGGAGCAUACUAGUAAUGAUCAAUCAGUUGUAGUCACUGAUGUUGAUGGAAAUGCAUCUGCAAACGAAUUGCAUGCUGCGGCAGUUCGUCAUAUUAAGAACAAGGGCGGUGGAUAUGUCCAGAUCCCUCAUGGUCCUGAACCUGUCAAUGAGUUCUUUGAUCCAGACCUAUUUCCGAUGAUUUAUCCUACAUUGUUUCCAUACGGACUGGGAGGAUUUGAAGAUCACUUACGCUCCAAACCGUUGUCGAUCAAAAGGCAUAUCGUCGUUUUCAACAACAUUACUCGUUUCUGUUCACAGCAUUUAACAUUUUACAGCGCCGAAAGAUUCUAUUACAUACAUCUUUGA